AUGGCGGUGAAUAAAUGCUUGAAGUAUCUCCUCUUUCUCUUCAACUUGCUGUUCUGGAUCAGCGGCUGCAUCAUCUUGGGUGUUUCCAUCUACCUGAAGGUCAACAAGGAUAAGAAUUCUAUUUCAAGUGAGUCCCUCCCGGGCGUGGACCUCCUGAUCGCUGUGGGGGUGAUCAUCAUGCUGCUGGGCUUCCUGGGCUGCUGUGGUGCCAUCAAAGAGAACCGCUGUAUGCUUCUAUUGUUCUUCAUCUUCCUGCUGCUGAUCUUCCUGCUCUUGGUGGCAGCAGGUAUUCUGGGAGCUAUUGGCGAACAUAAGGUCAAAGACUGGAUUCGUGAGCGCAUGAAUAAAUACCUGCCUCUGAAUAACCAACCUGACAGUGUUAAAGAGGACCUGUAUAAGAUGCAGACUGAACUCAAGUGCUGUGGUCUGCUCAAAGGUCCAGCCGACUGGACCAGUAUUCCUCCAUCCUGCAAAUGCCAAAGCACUGACGAGACAGCAAAAGACAACUGUGACUCCAAUGGUACAUUUAAGACGACAUGCACUGAUCGAAUCAUUGAGGAGAUGGAGAAAAGCAUGGGGAUUGUGUUGGGAAUUGCCUUCGCCAUAGCCAUCCUCUUGAUCUUUGGUAUGGUCAUAUCCAUGAUCUUGUACUGCCAGAUUGGAAAGAAGGACAGUGCCACUACAGCAUAA